CAAAACUCACAAUGCCUCCACGCCUAUCAAGAAGACUGGUACAGCUGCCUUUUUCUAAUGGUGCAGUUAUACCGCAAUCACACGCUCAGAGUGCCGUCUUCGUCCGCGCUUUCGGCAUCCGCUCUCUAAAUCCUCCAAAACACUCGAAAUUCAAUGACAGCCCCGAACUCCUCAAGUCGUCGCCCGCCGCAGCCCUUGAGCGGAAAGCAAAUACACUUCCGCCCCGCACAGGAGCUAUUGCAAUCAAGAAGGGAAUGACCGCGAUCUUCGACCCAGAGACAGGGAAGCGCAUCUCUUGUACGGUUCUGCAGCUUGACCGUGUCCAGGUCAUCGCGCAUAAGACAGUGGACGUACAUGGCUACUAUGCUGUGCAAAUGGGCGCUGGUUGGAAGCAUCCGAACAAUGUCACAAAGUCGUUAUUAGGCCAUUUCUCGGAACAAGGGGUUUCACCGAAGCGACAUGUGUACGAGUUCCGAGUGAAGGAUGAGGAUGGUUUGCUGCCUGUUGGACAACUUGUCAAUGCGGACUGGUUCCAUGAGGGCCAGUACGUAGAUGCGAGGUCGAAUACGAAGGGCAAAGGGUUUGCUGGUGUGAUGAAGAGGCAUGGGUUUGGCGGUCAGGAUCGCAGUCACGGUGUUAGUUUAACGCAUCGCUCGCUUGGUUCAGCUGGUCCCAGUCAGGGUGGUGGCUCUAGGGUUUAUCCUGGAAAGAAGAUGGCUGGAAACAUGGGGAAUGAGCAGAACACAGUGCAAAACCUCAAGGUUCUUAAGGUUGAUGCGGAGAAUGGACUGGUUCUGGUAAAUGGUUCCGUGAGCGGUCCAAAGGGAUGUGUUGUUAGGAUACAGGAUGCCAUCAAGAAGCCUUGGCCGGUAAAUCCGGAGUCGGCCCAAUCAUCGAAAUAAUCUAUGACGUGGUUUAUACUUGAAAAUGUACUACUAUACUUUUUGUUUCUGAGCGGCGUCUGUAAAUAAUACAUAAGAUAUCUCAAUUUCU